AUGAUUUAUUGGACGAUAACCUUACUGUCCAACAGGAAUGGCUGUUCACAAGUAAUGGUGGACUCUUCGGCCACUUUGGGCACCGGUAUCUUAAAAGGAACGACACAUUUCUUUGGAGAUUAUGAUCAAUAUGUCACUACUAGUGAAGCACCUGUACUCAAAAUAAGGGAUGAAUUGAAUGGUAUGAAGGCAUCGAUCGAUUCAUCGAAACACUUAUUGAGCGCACGAUUAGAGCAAUGCGUUCACAGAAAUGAUAAUCCGAUUCAAUGGUUGCAUAUCAUCAUUGGACAAUAA